AACCAAUGCCGAGCGUCUUUUUCAAUUCGAGGGAAACGCGUACAAGUUACAAGAGACUUCCUAUCGGAUUUCUUCAAUCGCCCAAAUUCGCUUUGAUUUCGAUCCAGAAGAAGAAGAGGUUUGAGAAAUGUCGAAGGGAGACGAACCGGUCGUCGGAGUUCCUUUCUACGUCGUACAGAAUCCGUACCAAGCUGGAGCGGUUCCGCCGAACGCGAUCUUCGGCGAUCCCAAGGGGAUUCCGAUUCAGCAGACGAUUUACCGCGACAGUCCCGCUCCUUUCAACUGCGUUUACUGCGGUAACACUGGAAUUACCACCGUCAGAUCAAAGCCAAGUUUGGCCGCUGUUAUUGGUUGCAUGAUGCCAAUGAUGCUUGGAAUUUGCUUUCUCUGUCCAUCAAUGGACUGCCUCUGGCAUAAAUAUCACUACUGCCCCAGCUGCAAGGAAAAGGUUGCGGGUUUUGAGAAAUCGGAUCCCUGUGCAGUGAUGGACCCUCCUCACUGGACACAGGAAAGCUUUGCACUGCCUGCGUGAGAUGAUGUCUUCCAUUAUUCAGAUCGUGACUGCUGUGUUUCUUCAUUUGCAUGUGCUUUCUUGUCUGCUUGCUGGCGACUUUUCUUUGUACAUGAACUCAUAAAGUAAGAUUCUUGGUACAUAUAUUUCUAAAAUGCUGCAAUAAGAACUGUCAUUUCUGUGGCACUUGUAUCA